GUUACUGCUGCGCAUUGCGACACGCUCCAGACAAUAUUCUUGAGAUUCUCUGACGGGCGUGGCGCGCGGAGCGGAUUCUUCUGACCGUCUUUGCGUUUGACCAUGUCAUAGUGUUGUACCACUUGUCUUGCCGACCGCGAUGAACCAUGGCGCCCGCGCAGGCAUAUGUGACCAGCUAUCCCCCGCGAAUCCGCCAAUACACUAAUACCCUCCUUCAACCCGUGCUUCAGACCCAAAAUGUCGCUCCGGGGGGUCGCACCACCAAACGAGGGACGACAAUAAUCAACUACGCAGAUGAUGCCUACGAUGAAGACGACUUUGAAGACAGCGAAGGGCCCGGCCGGCGGCCAACCGGUUUGCGAUCGUUGCGACGGGAAGAGCUCGAGAAAAAGGAACCGCAGCAUGAAAAGGUGGGAAAGGAAAUACAUGAGCCCGUCGACCUGCAGCCCAUAUAUCGAGACUGGAUAAUUAGGAGGACCGUCAGGCCUACGACAGAUGCUCAAUCACAUAUCCAAUCGCAACUCCCACUCACCCUUAUACCCAUACGCAUCGAUCUCGAUGUGCCACCCCACCAGCCCGAUGCGCCUUUCCCCCUGCCACGCGCGGGGAUCGAUAUCGGCGUCAACCCUUCACUACCAAUGUUCAAGAAGCCUGAGCUAUUGCCGGGUUACAAGAUACGCGAUAUCUUUUUGUGGAAUCUACACGAGAACCUGCUCACCCCGGAUGAUUUCGCGCAGUGCUUCGUUCGCGAACUGGACUUGCCGAACCAAAUAGGCCUUGCAAUGAACGUCAGUCAACAAAUACGAACCCAACUGGAAGACUAUGCUGGAGUGGCCAUGCAUCCUCUCUUCCACACCCAGCAGAAGAGAUCACAAAUGCCUGAUACUAACCCCGCUCCCACACCGUCGGCUUUCGUCAACGGAAGCUCGCGUGGCGGCACACCCCGGGCACACUUGGGAGCGUCAAUAUCUCGUCCAGCCUCUACAACACCGGGCACUCCCGCUGCCUCGACGCCUCAUCCGAUUACGUUGACUAAUGGCGCAUCUAUAACGGCGGUUGCUUCCCCCCUGCCGCCAGAACCACAGAUUGAGCAGCAGGAUGACUCUGAGGAUCCGUAUCUCAAUCCCGACGACACCUACCGUUGUAUAAUUACGCUGUCAAUUUACCUCUCUUCGAAACUUUACCAAGACAAAUUCGAAUGGUCAUUGCUACAUCCCCCCGGGGCUGCAGAGGCGUUCGCAAGACAGACUUGCGCAGACAUGGGAUUGGGCGGCGAAUGGGUUAUGGCCAUCACACAUGCAAUCUACGAAGCAGUGUUACGGUUGAAAAAGGAGGCUUGCGAAGGCGGUAUGGUCAUGAUCGGUGGAAACCAUUUAAGCGGAGAGAUUGACAAUCAAGCCGUCCGAGGCGAGGAAGGUGCCGGGUGGAGAUACGACAUUGACGAUUUUGGUGCUGAAUGGGAGCCGAAAUUCGAGGCAUUGAGUAAAGAAGAGAUUGAGAAGAGAGAGGGGGAUCGAGAAAGACAGCUGAGGAGAUUGCGGAGAGAGACUGCCAAAUUCAGCUCAACAGCUGGUAUGCUGCCCUCCGCUCGAGAACAGGAAGCCCAGCAACGAGGAAGUUACUUUGAUUACACCACCAUCGGGAGCGCUGGGACAGGGGAGGAGACGCCACUCAUGGGUCGUGGAGAAAGAAGUAAAAAGAAGCGGCGGUUCAGAUCGCUAUCUCCGGUGGCGAAGGCGCAGACCCCGGACGCGACUGGAAGCUCUGCUGGUGCAGGGUGGGGAGGCGAAGGCAAUCGGUUACAGGAGUACGAGAGACAGAAUUGGAGGUGCAAGCAUUGUCUCAUCUGGGGCAGCGCUGUUUGGGCUGUGCGGGAUGGACCUAUGGGUCCUAGAACUCUAUGCAACAGUUGCGGCUUGAUCUACGAGCGAGACAAGAAGUUGCCGGUAUGGAAUGAAGGGCUGCAUCGGCAUACCUUACCUCUCGGCAGGUAAUCACCUGGAGCUUGUUCCCUGCGCGAGUGAGGGCCCGAUUGACGUGCGGCGCCUUUGUUCUUCUCUGAUCUCGUCAUAUGCAAUGGAGGGCUUGCGGUCGUUGUGCAUUAUAUUUUUGGACCUGGCUAGGAAUGGAUCGAUUCUCUGGUCCGAAAAGGGAUAACCGCUGAGGAUAUUUGCCUCAGGGCAGCACGGCGUUCUAUUCGGUGGAACCGCGUUGCAGGGCGCGAAUAUAUCAGCCGGUCUUGCGUAGCAUGUGCCUGCGCUGGGGGCUGGAAAAGACAUGUAGAACUAACCCGGAUUCUUGAAAGAUUCCUCUUUUUGAGCAAUAUAAUGUCUUACCUUGUGGCUUCUACAUCAAUCAAGACAGAAAGAUCAUUGACAAAC